UGGGCAUUAGUAAUUCGAUCGCUCCAAAAAUUGAAGAUUACAGAAUUGAGUAUCAUGAUGUGGCAUUUUCAAGGUGUUCUUUCGGAAUUUACAAUGGGAAGAAACCUCUUAAAAAGAUGAUUCAUAUUUAAAGUUCCAGAUUUCGGUACAGAAACUAUUAACUGAAGCAGCUCCAUCCUCACAGUAGGCUGGCUUCUUUCUGAAGUAACCAGGAGGUACAAUGAGAAAUGAUCUAGGAUGACUAAAUUCAGUGGAGUUUACCAUAAGAGAAGGCUUAUAGUUGGACUAAAAAGUGUGAAGACUAUCCCGGCAUUGGACUAUUACCUCACUCAACUAGGAAAUACGCUCGAGCCACUUGAAGAUAAUACCACUCUGGAAGUCCACUUCUCCAAAAAGAAAUCUAAAAAGUUAGGUGAUUAUGGCAGGGCCAACGUCUCAAAGGAAGACUUCGAGUACCUCAAGGUGAUCGGAAAAGGAGGUUACUCUAAGGUUACCUUAGCCAGGAAGAAGGAUAGCGGUCGGAUAUAUGCAGUCAAAAUUAUGAAGAAGGCAGAUGUCUUUAACCGAACCAAAAGGAGCUUCUUUAGGUCUGAAGUCCAAAUCCAAAAUUCUCUAAAAGAAUGCAACUUUAUAGUCGAUCUUUAUUAUGCGUUUCAGACUCAAGAUGAGCUGUAUCUUGCAAUGGAUCUUUGUGUGGGAGGAACUCUGUUCUAUUUCUUGAACCAACUAGAGCCAGGAAUCAAAAAUGAGCAAGUUGCGAAGUUUUACCUAGCUGAGAUCAUCAUAGCAAUGGAGUUCAUCCAUUGAAAGAACAUUAUGUACAGAGAUCUGAAGCCAGAGAACGUCCUGAUUGAUAUAGACGGACAUAUAAAGAUUGCAGAUUUUGGAUUAGCCAAGAAACUCAGGCAUCCUGAAGAUCUUAGUUCGACAUUUUGAGGUUCACCUGAAUAUUUAGCACCCGAAAUGUUACUUGGUGCAAAGCAUGAUAGAAGAGUUGAUUUUUACACACUCGGAUGCCUCAGUUAUGAACUUUUAGUGGGAAUCCCACCAUUUUAUGCAGAGGAUAAGCAAGAAAUGGCAAGGGAAAUUCUUUCAGGCACCCUAUUCUUCCCAAGUGGAGUAUCUGAAGAAGCCAGAGAUUUAAUGAAAUGGAUACUGAGUAAAGAUCCUCAAAACAGGCCCUCGAGCUUUAGUGAGAUUAAAAACCAUAAGUUCUUCGAAGACAUUCACUGGGGAAAGUUCCAGAGGAAGCAAGUUGUGCCUCCAUGGCUUCCUAAUUUGUACAACUGGCAUUAUAAUCCGAAAUUUAUGAAUAUUCCUCUCGAUCAGGCCUUUGGUGAAAAGGUCGACAAGCAAGAGCUCGAAGAUAGAGAAAGCUUUUAUAUUGAGAUAAACACAGAUAGUGUGAUGAUUGACAAAAUCUCCUUACUUGAACAUGAAUACGGAUCGCUCGUUGGUCAAGAGAGAUCGCCUGGCCAGAUUUACGAGUCCACUGACUGAAAAGAAUACCUCGAAAAUUUCGAUUUUGAGCAAGAUCCUGAAGAAGAACUUUAUAUUAAAGAGCAGAUUGAAGGGUAUAAAAAGAGAUUUAAUCAACUCAAGAAAGCCAAAAGUGAAGAAUCGAAAAUACCUGAAUCUAUAGAUGAGUCUUUUGAGUUUAGAGAUACUGAUGAAUCAUACUGAGGCUCUCUCAAUGCCAAUAGAAUCAAACAAUCAAUGAUUUCUGAUAGAAUGCAUGGUUUUGGGGUUGAAAAAAAUGAGAGAAAAUAAGAGUGUAAUCAAUUCUAUCAUCAGACAUAAUUUAUCCAGUGUUAAGAAAUCGAAAAGAAUUAGAGAUUCUUCAUUCAAUACAGUAUGCAUGAAUCCAGACGACACAAAUGCUUCAAGUUUGUCUCAUGAUAAUGACAUCAAUCCGAAGGAUGGCUAUAAGCUCACAAAAUUUAAUAGUCAGAUGAGUCUUUCUCCUACAAAAUUGCGUCCAACAAAGUCUAUAAUGCAGAAGAAGAAUACCGAAGAGGAAAAAGUAGAGUCAGGGACAGACGAGAAUAACUAUUUAAUAAAUAACCAUAAAAUGACUAGAUGCUCUUUUAAAAGAUAUAAGAAAUAUCUGAACAGGCCUCAAACGACCAAAAAUAACUAUGAAAGAAAAACUUACAAAAAAGGAUAUAUGGCUUGAAAAUCAACCUACUUGAUUAAGCCGUCAACUAAGCCUCAUAAGAAGCCAAGAGCAGUCUUGAAGAAGGAGAACUGCUCAGUAUCCAACCUUAGAAUGCCAUCGAACAAACUAAUUAAUGAUAUAGGGGAGAUUACUUCCCUUAAGAGAAGCUUGAAGGCUGGUCCUGAGAAGGCUUAAGAAGAUCCUCCUUCAAAAUAUCUGAUGAUCUGUAUUCAUCUUGCUAUAUUUAAC